CUGCCCUAGCUUGUCAGAAGAUGUUUAAGUGACAGCCCGAUUAGACCACACUAUGGAGAAGACAGAUGCAGAUGGCCAGCCACCCAAACCCGACGGGGAGAGGGAGCAGCCCCGCAGCCUCCCCUACUCCGUGGAGACGCCGUACGGCUUUCACUUGGACCUGGACUUCCUGAAGUACGUGGACGACAUCGAGAAAGGGAACACCAUCAGAAGGGUUCACAUCCACCGGAAAGCCAAGCAGCCAAAAUUCAGCACCCUGCCCCGAAACUUUAGCCUGCCCGAAAACGGCUCCCGUGGAUGCACGUCUGCUCCCAGCAAGAGCUGGACGGCGACCUGCUCCUUCCCCCAGCGAAAGGCAUCGCUGGGGGCGGAGGACACCCCCCGUCCCCUCCUGCCCAACGAGGCACCCCUUCCCGUGGCCGAUGAGCCGAGUUACCGGAGAAAAGCCCUUUUGGCGGAGACGCGGCGGCAGGCGGAGCUGGGGCGGCAGGAACGCGAGCUCCGGGGGCGGCCGCAGCUGCUGCGAGCUUCCAGCAUGCCCGCUGCGCUGCUGCCCGGCCAGCCCCCGCCGGGGGACGGGAGGGUGCUCUCGCCCCUCCGGCCACGUCCCCAGCACUGCCACGACCAGAGCGGCUCCGAAAGUAUGUUUCGCCCUGUGCCGCGUUCACCUGGCUCCGACGGCGUCGCAUUAAAUCUCUCCCGGGAGAUGAGCUUGGAGCAAGAUGUCUCCUCGGGGCAGAAGGAGCAUCCUGGUGGAGGCAGCCCGGGGCUGGUGCAGAUGCAGCUCCCGUGGCAGAGCCAGCAUCCCGCGGCGGUGCAGCUGCAGGUGGUGAUGGAGAGCGGAGGCGAGGAGGGCGAUGCCGCCGACACCGGCGGUCGCUCUGCCUCGGCCGGGGGUGAACCAGCCUCACCAGCUGCCCUCCAGCUCGCAGAGGAGAACACGAACCCUGGGGAAAGGGAGUUAAGUGUGAGUGAAAUCGCUCUGAACGUUCUGAAGAAAGCUGAGGAAGGGAGUGUCCGGGCUGGAGAGAACAAGGAGAGCUGUGGUCCUCAGCCUUGUGAUGCUGGAGAGCCCGGUGGGGUUGCCGCGCUGAAGCAGCAGAUUGCUGCUCUGGAGGAGCAGCUGGGCAAGAAGAAGGAAGAGCUUGAGCAGAUCAGGGCAGUGCUGGAGCAGCAGGAUCAUGAGAUCAAGGAGAAAGAGAAAAGCAUUAAGUUACUGGCCAGCUCCAAAGCUCAGCUGGAAGAGAAGCUGUGCCGGGAAAACACCAAAGAGGCCAAGCCGCCGUCCAGGCGGAGCAGCGGGGCUUUGCAGUGCUACGAUGCUGCAGUGAACACCGACCUCUCGCAGGUAACUGGGGCCAAGCAAGCCCAUGAUAAAGGCAUCAACGUAAAUAUCCCAGUCUCCACCAAAUCCAUAGGAUGCAGCAUCCGGAGAGCAGACAACAUGAAUGCGCAGGCGAUGGAGCUGGGUGCUCGGAGAGAUCAGGGACUGGCAGACACUUGCACUGGACCUGGACAUUUUGGUGAAGCCGACAUUGAAGCUGGCCUUCGUACACCGUGCUUCACCCAACUGAAGAUUGAUGAGCACCUCAGCGAUGACAAUCAAAAUCACAGGAAUAACUACAACACCCAGAGUCUUGCUGCUCACGCGGUGACUGCAGGAAGCUAUCGAGGAACAAGAAUUGGCUCAAACACAGGAGAAAACAAGGCAGGCUUUGGCGAAGAUAAACCUCGAGAUGGGCUAGAAGAGGAAGGUCCCCCUGACCACGAGGAUCUCCCUGCUGUUGACCCCAUCGGCCAAUACGUAAAAAAAAUCCAGGAGCUUUUGCAGGAGCAGUGGCUGUGUUUGGAGCAUGGCUACCCCGAGUUAGCGAGCGCUAUUAAACAGCCAGCCUCCAAGCUCAGCUCCAUUCAGAACCAAUUAGUUAAUUCCUUAAACUCAUUGCUGUCUGCCUACUCUACGCAAGGGCCCGUGGAUAAGGAGAAUUCGAACACACACUAUCAACAGUUGGAAAUCUCUCCAACCACAAGUCUUAAAUCUAUCAUGAAAAAGAAAGGUUAUGGUUUCCAUGCAGGAGGCAAUGGGACCAAAAAGAAUCUUCAGUUUGUUGGGGUAAAUGGUGGCUACGAGACGACUUCAAGCGAAGACACAAGUUGCGAAGACAGCCCAUCGGACGGGGACGUGGAGAGCGAGAUGGAGAGAAGAGCUGAUGAUUUGGAGCCCACGCAGGCGAAAGCUGGAGGUGAAAGCAAGGGGGCUUCGUUGGGGACCUCCUCGCAGGAGAGAUGUGAGGACGAUGGCCUGCAGGAGCCAUCGGCAGAAGCAGCGCCUUGCACUCAGCGCAAGGCUGACAGAUGCAAACCCUCUGAAGAUUUCCUUGCCGACUGCCAGCUACUCAGCAAGCACCUCUCAGAAAUCAGGACCACAAGCGACAAGCAUCUGCGCCACGUCCUGAGCACCAUCUGCCAGGAGUGGUUCUGGGUCUCGAGCCGCAAGUCUUCCAGCCCGGAGGUGGUCGCAGCGUAUCUCAAGGCACUGGGGGCCAUCCAGCCCCAGCUCCUGGCGAUGGUGGUGAACCUGGCCGACAGGAACGGCAACACGGCUCUUCACUACAGCGUUUCCCACUCCAACUUCCCAGUUGCAAAGCUCCUGCUAGACACAGGCGUGUGCCGCCUGGACCUGCAGAACCGCGCCGGCUACACGGCGGUGAUGCUCACCCCGCUGGCGGCCGCCGAGACGGGCGAGGACAUGGAGGUGGUGAUGAAGCUGCUGAAGGAGGGGGACAUCAACCUGCGAGCCGCCCAGGGAGGCCAGACCGCCCUGAUGCUGGGGGUCAGCCACGAGCGGGACGACAUGGUGCGAGCCCUCCUCUCCUGCCAGGCCGACGUCAACCUGCAGGACGAGGAGGGGACGACGGCCCUGAUGGUGGCCUGCCGGCAGGGCAACGCCGACAUCGUCAGGCUCCUCCUGGCCCAGCCCGGCUGCCAGGUCGCGCUGACGGACAAGGGCGGUAACUCGGCCCUGUCGCUGGCCCAGCGCGCUGCCCGCGGGGACAUCGCCGCGCUCCUGCGAGCCCACGCCGAGCAGAGCCCGUCCCUCUCUGCGUGAGCGAGUGGGGAGAAGAAACCGGGACAGGGAGUGGGGAACAAACCAGCUCCUUCUUGUAACAGCCCCGCUGCUCGCCUCGGCGGCCAGGGCCAAUAUCGUGGGUUUCCAUACGUACAGGGGGAUGAACCCUGUGAGUUAUCUGCAUAUGUUCCCCGCGUCUAAUUCUCCUCAUUAAGCCUGCUUACACCUCCCUAAUCUAUGCACGUUGCCACAAAUGACUCCAAGCUCUCCUAUAUGCUCCUCCCGGUAUAGAUCUGGCAGGUGAGCGACCAAAACGAAGGAGAAAAGCACAUUAGAAAAGCAAUACUUAGUCUUUUGUAACCUUAGAUUAUGGUUGUCCUUUUAAUCGACUACUUAACUGUAGCUCAUUUAACUUGUAAGUUUGUGUCCUAAUAUUUAUUAUUAGCUCUUCUGUGCGUAGUGGCAGGCAGUGAUUAUUCAGUAUAUGUAACAACAAACACAAGCUGGAUGGAUUAUGUAAAGUAUAAAAUCCUAUUUAUGUUUGCUUAUGUGGGUCUGAUGUAAGAAUUAAAAAUUAAUGCUCUAGGAAAAUAUUUGAGUAUACCAGACCCAAACACACAGACAUUGUUUUGCCUGUGUUCGGAAUUACCAUAUGGCUCUUAUUUUUUCUAAUUAAGUUUGAGCUAACGGGGAAGCGUAGGCCAUUGACAUGCACCGUGCGUCAGCACACGCGAUGCUCAGGCACAGCAGGGCGGAUCGGGUUAUCCCGAGCACGGCACGAGAAGAUCAUUCACGAGAAGAUUGCCAUCCCAGGAUGCGUUAAUGUUGUCCAAGAGUUUCGUGGAGCAACUUCGGUGAUAGAUGCCUUUUGGGCGAGCAUCUGCUCUCCGCUUUCCCUCGUGCUCAACUUGCAGAUGCCCAAAUGACUCCUGUGGAAAGCCAUGCCGUGAUUUAGAUGCUGGAGUCGGCCGGUGCCAGGGCCUCCCCUGCCACGGGGCACCCACAGGGUCGGUCCAGCAUCACCUCAAAUCAUACAUAGGGCAGGGUUUUUUUCUUAAAUCCCUCUGCCGUUGACAGAGAGGGAGGGUGGGCUCAGGCCCCACUUUUCCAAACAUCUUUAUACUGUCAUUAAGUCGCUAUGUACCGGGAAAUGCAGAUUCAUGAGGCUGUGCUGCAUCAGGACCCAGCGGACGCUCUCCGUAGGCUUUGGUGGACCUGGAUGCCAUCGCCAGUCGAGCUGGUGUGUAGUACGCCACCAUAAUAACAGAUCUACUUGCCAUCAAUAAAAGCAAGUCUCCCUAGUUAGCUACUUACUUUUUUUUUGUAACUAAGUGGAAGUUAAUCCUGGACUACUUUGGUUGCUUGUAAGUCAAUUCACAUCAUGCUGAAGUCUCUCUUGAGCUGCCUUUUCCCCUUCCCUCGUAUUGCAAAGCCACUGCCGAGAGCCCCUGUCCUCACGCCGCUAACACUUACUGCCCCGCAGGGAGGGGAGGACAGCCCCUGCCCUCUGCUUUCCACUGAAAUCUGCCGUCUGCUCCAUUUUCUUUCCUUUCUUCAUGUUUUCAGUCAGAAGCAUUCAUCAUCUGAAAUGUCUAUCUGCCUUUUUUUUAACUCAAAAUGCAGUUACCUCCUUUAUGUAUAAAUAAACUCGAGUUAAACCUUUA